GCGUUUGCGUUAUGAUUGAAAACGCGGCGGGCGGUUGGAAACUGAAUCUUAAACCCUUCACCAUCAUCUUCACCGUCAAAUCUCUGAAACUGAGCUUCGACGAUGUUGGGUUUACGAAGAUCUGCGACGACCUUGUUCGACAUCAGCCAAUCUCUGCUUCGUAAUGUCACGUUUCAUGGCUUACGAGUCCAAGGAAUUCGUGUGGGGAACGCAGAGGUUCCAAACAAUAUGCCACUCAAAACCGGUCUUCAAGCAGUUUAUGGGAUUGGCCGCCGUAAGUCUCACCAGGUUCUCUGUCAUCUUGGAAUCACUAACAAACUUGCCAGAGACUUAACUGGAAAAGAACUCAUUGACCUCCGUGAAGAAGUUGGCCAGCACCAGCAUGGUGAUGAAUUGAGGAGGCGUGUUGGAUCGGAAAUACAGAGACUGGUCGAAGUAGAUUGCUACAGAGGUAGUAGACAUAGACAUGGAAUGCCUUGCAGAGGACAGAGAACCAAAACUAACGCUCGCACGAAAAAGGGCAAAGCCGUUGCGAUUGCGGGAAAGAAGAAAGCUCCUCGCAAGUAAACCUGUCUUUCAGUCUAUUCUCUCGGAUUCAUAAGUUGUAAUCCAUGUCUCAUUGUUUACAGACAUGGCUUUAUGUUGCUUUUGGGAUGAAACUGAUCAAAUAAGUAAACUUGGUUUUUUUCUGUAGUCUUUUUUGUAAUUGUCAUUGCCAUUGCAGGGGAAUAAGAAUGUUUCACAACU